GCGCGACACUGAUAGUUGUCGAAGUGUUGCGUGUUGCCACAUCACCACCAAAUCAAACGUACUUGGACGAUGUUUCUGUGUAGAUUGCGCUCGUGCCGACUCCUCCACAAUACGUGGAAAGCGUGAGUUUCUCUACUCCGGUCCAACAUGUCAAAUUUUUCUUAAAUUCCAGACGAAUAUUUACAAGAAAAGUAAAGAUUUGCGCGCAGAAAAUUCUGUUCAUCGAAUAGUUCACCUGGGAAGGUACUGACUGGGAUAUUAUAGAUUUUUUCUUGGUGCUUAACAUAGUAAACGAACGACACGAUGAGCGCACCCCAGGGGCAAGUGAAACCAAGAAAAGGAGUAGUGAAACAGGUUACUUCGGGAGAUACUAUUGUUAUCCGUGGUCAGCCUAUGGGUGGCCCACCUCCUGAAAUUACAAUCACUCUUUGUAAUAUUACUGCUCCAAAAUUAGAACGAUGGAAAGGAAAUGACAGCACUGAUGAAAGCAGAGACGAACCAUAUGCUUGGGAAGCAAGAGAAUUUUUACGUAAGAAACUAAUUGGUCAGGACGUAGCAUUUGUUACAGAGAAGUCUAUUAAUACAAAUAGAACUUACGGUACUGUGUGGCUAGGAAAAGAUAGAAAUGGAGAAAAUGUUAUUGAAACAUUAGUUUCUGAGGGUUUAGUAACUGUAAAAAAAGAUACUAGAAAUCCUAGCCCAGAACAGACACGAUUAAUUGAGCUAGAAAAUGCAGCAAAAAUAGCUAAAAAAGGAAAAUGGUCAGAGGCGCCGUCUUCUGAACAUAUACGCAAUGUUAAAUGGACUGUAGAUGAUCCCCGAAAAUUGGUUGAAAAAUUCGGGAAGAAGCCGGUGAAAGCUAUCAUCGAGUUUGUUUUUGACGGUUCAACAGUCAAAGCACUUUUGCUACCUGAUUUCUACAACAUAGUAUUAAUGAUAUCAGGUGUUCGAUGUCCUGGUUGGCCAUAUGGAAGACGUGAGAAUUCAGCAGGCGAUCCUUACGCAGAUGAAGCAAGAUAUUUUGUAGAAUCUCGCCUUUUACACAGAGAUGUUGAAAUUGUACUUGAGUCUGUUAAUAAUAAUAAUUUCAUUGGAAGUAUUCUUCAUCCAAAGGGAAAUAUUGCAGAGAUUUUAUUAAAUGAAGGAUUUGCCAAGUGCCAAGAUUGGUCAAUUAGCAAUAGUAGAGCUGGCGCAGAAAAGCUUUAUCUUGCAGAGAAAGCUGCAAAAGAAGCGCGUCUGCGUUUGUGGAAAGAUUACAAACCAUCAGGCCCACAAAUAGAGUUCACCGGUACUGUUGUUGAAAUUGUGAAUGCAGAUGCGCUUAUAAUCAGAACACAAAAUGGAGAAAACAAGAAAGUCUUUUUGAGCAGUGUUCGACCACCAUCCAGAGAGAAAAAGCCGAACGAAGAACCAAAUAAUAUGGGCAGAAAAGAUUUCAAGCCUCUUUAUGACAUCCCGUGGAUGUUAGAAGCUCGAGAAUUUUUGCGUGAAAAAUUCAUUAGAAAAAACGUAAAAGUUGUUGUAGAUUAUACUCAGCCUGCAAGAGAUAAUUUUCCGGAGAAAUUAUGUUGCACUGUUACUUGUGGGAAAACUAAUAUUGCAGAAGCAUUGGUUGCACGAGGUUUGGCGCGAGUAAUUAAAUACAGACAAAACGAUGACCAACGAUCAUCCCAUUAUAAUUUGCUACAAAUUGCUGAAAGCAAAGCAGAAAAAUCUCAACAUGGUUUACAUGCAAAGAAAGAUGUCCCCGUGCAUCGAUUAGUAGAUGUUUCUAAUGAUCCUACCAAAGUGAAAUCGUAUUUAACAUCCUUUAAACGGGCACAGGGCAUUAAAGCCGUGGUUGAAUUCGUUACGAGCGGUUCUCGUUUAAAACUCUUUUUACCAAAAGAAGACCAGCUUAUUACAUUUGUGUUAGCUGGUAUAAGAACCCCUCGAUGUCAAAGAUCGCUUCCAGGUGGUGGUAUAGUUAAAGCUGACGAAUAUGGUGAGAAAGCAUUAGCUUUUACCAGAGAACAUUGCUUCCAAAGGGAUGUGGAAAUUAAAGUUGAAAGUACAGAAACAAAAGGAAGUGGUUUUAUUGGAUGGUUGACCGUAAAUGAUCUUAACAUGUCUGUUGCUCUUGUUGAAGAAGGUCUGGCAGAAGUGCUCACCUUCCCCGACUUCGGAGAAGUAACUAGGACGCUUAAAGCAGCUGAAGAACGUGCCAAAACAAAGAAAUUGAAUAUUUGGAAAAAUUAUGUUGAAGUACAAGUAGAAAAUGAGAAAAAUGAAAAUGAUAAAGAUGUUGCUGAAAGAAAGAUAGACUAUCAAGAAGUAGUGAUUUCUGAAGUAACUAACGAUCUUCAUUUUUACGUGCAAAAGGUUGAUCAGCGUAGUCAGCUGGAAACUUUGCUUUCACAAUUACGUCAAGAGUUGUCAUCUAAUCCUCCACUUUCGGGUGCUUACAAACCUGUCAGAGGUGAAUUAGCAGUUGCUAAAUUUACUGGUGAUGAUCAAUGGUACCGUGUUAAAAUAGAAAAAGUCUCUGGUACGAAUAUUAGUGUAUUUUACAUUGACUAUGGUAACAGAGAAACAGUUAAUCUUGGAAGACUCGCCGACUUGCCAUCACGGUUUGCUACUGACAAACCUUACGCUCACGAGUAUGUACUUGCUUGUGUUUCACUUCCGAGCGACACCGACGACGAGAAAGUAGCAGUUGAAGCCUUUAAGGAAGAUGUAAUGGAUAAAAUUUUAUUAAUGAAUAUAGAGUAUAAACUUAACAAUGUUAUUGCAGUAACAUUAGUUGAGUCUUCUACUAACGAAGAUAUUGCAAAAGGACUUAUUUCUGAUGGAUUGUUACUCGUGCUGAACCAACGUGACAGGAGACUUACUAAAUUGAUCGAAGAAUAUAAAAAAGCAGAAGAAGAUGCGAAACAUAGCCGGCGGAACAUUUGGAGAUACGGUGACAUACGCGAAGACGAUGAGAAACAAUUUGGAUUGUAAAAAUGCUCAAGAAUUGAUUAAAAAAGUGAUUAAUACAGGGAAAAAGACAUCAUGUUAUAAAGUACAUAAAUAUCUAAGAAUCUAUCACACAGAUUUACGGAAACUAAUAAAUGUCCAUAUGAGAGUUACAUGUUGCAUUGAUUAUGAUGCAAUUAUAUUUCAUUACAUAAAAGUAUGAAUUGUACAUAACAAUUUCAUUAAUUUUGUUACUUUUAAACGAAACAAUGGCAUAAUAUAUUACAUAAUAUAUUCUCAUUAUUCAUUAUCUUAUAUCGCAGUGUAAAGUUUUGUUACUUAUGAAUUUUGGUAACACCGUAUACAAACAAUCAGAACUUUACGUGAUCUAUGUGCAAUUUAUUUUUAAUUGUUUACAUUUUGAUGCAGAUAAAAAAUCAUUCUUUGUACGUGUUUUCUGUUGCAUUAAAAAUCACUACGAAUUAUACAGAUGAUUAUAAAAUUCAUAAUUGUACAUUUUGUCGAACAUAUUCAUUUAACUUAAGUGUACAAGAGCUCAUAUCAAGAAAAAAAAAUAUAUUCUUAUAUUUUUAAUAAAAGUGGCAUCAGUAAAACAUUACUUAAAUAGUCAAGAUAUUAAAGAAAAUAUAUGUAUGUUAUAUGUACAUAUAAAUCACCAUCCAAUAAAAAUAUUAUAUAAUUAUAUUUGUUAUUUAGAAUCAAUUCAUUUUUUUAAAUAACUGGUGCCGCUUUCUACUCAUAAAAACUGGAUUAAUGCGCAAAGAUUUUUUUUCUUUAAUUAUAUUAACCAAACUUUUCUUUUUUCUGUUUUCAAUUCAUCAUAUUGUUAUGUAUGUACUGUGAACACUGAGAAUUAGACAUUUAUACAGAAAUAAUUGACUCAUUUUCCCACUAACAUUUUAUAAACACUUAAUGUAGCAUCAAACUAUACUUUCCUUAUAAAAAUUAUUAACGUAAAGAAUCAUAUGUAAAAUGAAAUAAUCAUCAUAACUUUGAAACUGAAUAGAAUUAACAUUAUCUACAUCCAAAUAGAUGGAUAUAAUUUAUACACAACAUGUAUCUAUGUACAAGAAAGAUUAACUUGUAGGUGAUUCACAUCUACGAUUUUGCACACAAUUUUCAAGAUAUAAACUCAUUAAGAAUGAAAAGAACAAUGAAUAUCAAUGAACAAAGAAAGUAGAAUCUUAUACAUUUUUAUGAAUUUUAAAAGAUCGAAAUAAUUAGAUGGGCAUCAUACCAAUAAGCGUUUAUUCUAUGAAAUUUUAUACCUUACAAUCAAGAAUUCAUAAGCUUGCUGAUGCAAGAAUUUAUUAUGUGAACAAUAUUUUAAUAAUUGAGACGAAUAUAUAAAUAAACCAAUAUAUUGUAAAAAAGGAUAAAAAAGAGAAAAGGUACUUUUAAAGUAAUUAUUAUCAUGAACGUAGGAAAUCCACAAUAAUUUGUCCCUGGACAUAUACUUAUGGUGACAGUGACUUGUACUUUGUCUAUAAUACUAUAUAUUUCCCUUUUAUGAUAUUAAAUCAUUUGACGAAUCAUAUUAACCGUUUCUUAGGAUAAUUGUAUUCACAUACAAUUUGAUUGAAUAUCUAUGAAAAAGCCUUUCUGCUUGUUCAUAAAAUAAAUAUUUAAAUUUUGAGAAACAACUUAGAAUUACCAUAUUAUUAAUGGUUGAGUUAAAAACAUUUGAAAUAUAGAAGUGUCAGCAUUUAUGUAAUUUAGAAGUUCGACUUAUUUGUAAUUUCUUUAUAUUGACAUAUAUACAUGUCAUAUCCCAUGUAUUGAAAAUAAACUGUGAAACUUUUUUAUUUAUG